AGAUUUGAGUAUAUAAAAAAAAACAAAGAAAAUCAGAAGUUGCAAAAUUUCUUAUGUAAGCUUUCUUAUUUCGAUACUAAUUAAAUAAAUAGUUUAAAUUUGAAGUUUAUUGAGUCCCACCAAAUAUGAAACCUCUAAAAAUCCUAUUCGUUUGCAUUGGUAAUACAUGCCGCUCACCAAUGGCGGAAAGCGUCAUGAAGCAUUGGGUGGAGGAGUAUGAUCUCAGCUGGAAGGUGGACAGUGCUGGCCUGAGAACGUGGAAUGUUGGACGUAAGCCGAAUGAGCGCUGUAUUAAAGUACUGCAAGAAAAUGGUUUAACAACGGAUCAUAUCGGUAGACAAAUUUCAACAAUGGACUUUUACAAUUAUGACUAUAUUCUUGCCAUGGACGAACAUAAUUUGCACGAGCUACAAACGCUUGCCAAAGACCCAAGUCAAGAAAGGUGUGCAAAAAUCGAACUGCUCGGAAAGUAUAUUGACCGACCGGAAGACCAAAUCAUACGUGAUCCAUAUUUUUGCAACUCAAUGGGCGGCUUUCGUUGCGCGUUUCUUCAAAUUACCGAAAGCUGUCAAAAUUUCAUAGCCGCACACAUGUAUACCGAUUAGAAGCACUCAGAAAGUGAAAAACGCCAAAAAAUUGAAAACUUGCUUAGAGAUGUGUGAAAAUGAUACACUCAUAAAUUUCAUGUAAAAAAUUGUAAAUCGCACGUACUAUAAUUUAUUUCAUAUCAGUAAACAACAUUUGUUUAUAAGUAUUGUA